AUGUGCGCCGUCAUGAAGUCGCCGCCGCCCAAGCCAACUUCGGCCAGACGAGACAAUCCUCGCUACUACCGGUACGCGGUCGUCUGCCAGCAAUGCCGCGAAAUGGAGGUCACCAAAAAUUGCAUUAUGGGCGACGACGACUUGGUCCAUCAGGAAGACAUGGUCUCCCGAGGCUGGCGCCUGGGAGGAAUGGUGUUCUCAGUGGAGCUGCUGGAUAGAGAAGGAGGCGAGAUUCGUGCAAGCUUGUUCAACGAAGCUGCGGAGCAGCACUAUGAUCUCAUGCAGUGCGGAAGAUGCUUCACGCUGUGCAACGGCAGCGUGCGCCCUGCCCAGAAGAAGUACAGCGUGCUCAAGCAUGGCUACGAGCUGGUGUUCGACGGCAGAUGUCAGACACACAUGGUAGACGACGACACUGACAUCGGAGCAGUGCGUCUCGCCGUGCAGAAGAUUGCUUCAGUGACACAGAUGGCUGUGCCUAGCAGCGUGGAUAUCUGCGGAGUCCUCGUUUCAGCGGAGCACCCUCAAGAGUUUCAGACCAAAGAAGGAAAAGCUUUAGUCAAGCGAGAGAUCACUGUGGCAGACGACAGCGGCCACAGCGUGCUGAUUACCUUGCGGGGUGACAGAGCCAGAUUAGAUAGUCGCGAGUUUGCCGGCAGCCCCGUGGUAGCCCUCAAAGGAGUUCAGGUCAAGGAGUGGAUGAGCUGUCGAAGCGGCUCCAUGGCAAAAGCAGGAUCCAUGAUACUCAACCCAACCUUCUUGCCAGAGGCGCAGCGGGUAGCCGCCUGGUGGUACAAGGGAGGCAACCAGCAGAGAUUGACCUACAUCUCACAUUCGAGCAGCCCAGCUGGUAGUCUUCGACCUCCACAAAGAGCGACCUCAGUAGAGAUCUCAGCGAUGUCGCAGCAGGCCAUGCCUUUGUACUACAUGGCCUGCCUGGAGCUGAAAGAUGGCGGCAACCUGCAGUGUAACCGAAGAGUUGACGAGACCGGGUAUUGUCGAAUGUGCCAGAAGUCGGGGAAGGCGGGUUUGCGCGCGAUCAUUUUGCGUUUAUGCAGUUGCGCUGCGCAGGUGGGGCCGCGGCUGAAUGUGCGCUGCCGUUUUCAAGAUGCUUUCGGAUCAUGCUGGGUCACAGUUUUUCACCCAGCUGCCGAGAAAGUGCUAGGUUCGACCGCCGAGUCCAUUGUCGAACUGAGCCAGCAAUCUGAGGAGAUCUGUGAAGAAGCGCUCAAGGACACAUACUACAACGAGAUGUUCGAGCUGCAGCUGCGAGCCAAGCCGGACACGUGGGGUGGUGAAGCCAAGACAAAUGUGACCUGCGUGGGAGCGCAGCGGAUCUCCAGUCGAGAACAUUCCCGCAUGCUUUUGAAAGAGAUCCACCAGCUUUUGAAGUAG